AUGUUCCCGAUUCUCCAAGACGACUGCGAUGAGUGCAUGCCGGACUAUGCCUUGCACCGGAGUCCGAUGAAAGUGGCCGUAUCGGCGCUACCUUUCAUUCUUACCUUCUUGGUUGUCGCUUUUGUCGUGUCGCAGAGGCUCUUCCCUAUCUUGUCUGGCAAUGCGGAUCGCAAAGCGCAUCAUGACGGUGCGCGGCUGCCUGGAUCGAUCCAGCGCGAAAGAACCUCGAUUGUGAACCGCCUACGCCCAAAUGCGCGAUCGCUCGCAAGCAUCAUCUUCUCGACCAACUUUGCCCUUUCGGCUGUACUGGCCGAACUUAUCCUCUGCGAAAUUUCCAACACCGUAAACCGCGCCACGCGAACACUAGCCCUCAAGAUCACGCUACCUUCCUUGCUCUUCCUUCUAGUUGUCGCAACACCGGCUUUCGAAAUCCACUCGAUCAUAUCAGGGACGGGCUUGAACAUUAAUGGAGAGCAGAAGAGUCGACGCAGAGCAGCAUGGGCAUUGGAGCUCUGUGGGUUGGCAGUAUGGCUGGCAGGGUUUUGGUAUCUUGGGCGAGGGCUACUGGGCUCAUAUCUUCAUGAAGAAUCAUAUGAGCAUGAUCAUACAUUUAGCGAGGGCUGUCUGGAAAGAAUUGGCAUAAUCGGCAUCAGUCUGAUGGCCUCACUAGCCGGAUUUGCUGCCAUAUCUGCCCUCUGGCACACGUUCGGCGUCAAAUACCGCCCAGUCACCGAGUCGGACAUCGGUCGAAAGCAAGCCGGCAUACAAGCUACAAACGACAUGCUUCUGGCAAAAGAGAGCCGACUUCGUGCCGUCGAACGAAAACUUGCGGACAACCCUCAGCAAGGCUUCAUGGGUCGCGUAGUAGGAUCAAUUCGUGGAAACCCUGACGUCCAGGAGCGAAAUACUCUACAGCUUGAGAUACAAGGCCUCGAGACUAUGCGCCAUACACUUCAGAACUCCCUGACGGUGCUCCAAAACCGUCGACAAAACCAACUGCGCUCACAUACUGCCAACGGAAAGCUGUUCAACAUCGUCUCGUACAUUUUCGCUAUAUAUUGUGCGUACCGCAUCAUUGCGACCACUGUCACUACCCUGCGUCGCUUCUCAUCUCCGAAUGCGAGCUUCGCAAGCAACGAUCCUAUCAACAACGUCCUCGCCCUACUAGCGAAGCAUUGGGAUCCAACCAUUGACCGAGUUGCCUGGAGCCGCACCAUUUCCUUCCUCCUCUCCGGGGUGAUGCUACUAUUGUCAUUCAACAGUGUCCUCCAGACCUUCUAUCUCUUCGCCAGAGUAGUGCCCGGUCUUCUACACCACGCUAGAACAAAUUUCGCCCUCAUCAUCUCACAAAUUACAGCGACCUAUGUGAUCAGUUCGGCGUUACUCCUUAGGAGCAAUUUGCCUCCUGAGAUGAAGAGCAAAAUCGGUGAUGCAUUGGGUGCGCCAUUAGAACCAGGUUUCACAGAGAGAUGGUUUGAGGGCUGGUUCUUGGCUGCCAGUGCAGCUACAGUGUUGGGUCUUUGGCUGGGUAAGCGGCUCAAAGGGGGAGAAUGGGAUGACGACAGUGAUGGUGGUGAUGCCGAUAUAGAGAUGGGCAAGAAUGCCUGA